GUCCUCGACGCUGGAUGUCUCGACGCCCCGACGCUGCCUCCUGCUGGAUCACUGAUGAACAACGUGGGACCACCCACCGACCGAACAGGUAGGGUUAACGUGAUAUUAGGAGCAAGCAUAUUUUGGGAUCUUCUUUGCAUUGGCCAGAUAAAACCAUGCCGCAAUCAGCCAGUCCUCCAGAAGACACAUCUUGGGUGGAUAGCCGCUAGUGACAUUACUUCAGUCACUCAAUCGCCUGCAUCAAUCAGUUACAUUACAGCCGACGCGGCACUUCAAAAGCAAGUCGAAAGGUUUUGGACAAUAAAAGAGAUUGACCGGGCGCCGGUGCGAUCAAAGAGCGACGAAUCGUGCGAACUCUACUUUCUGCAGACCUACAAACGGGACGCAAGUGGACGGUUUAUAGUCAGUCUACCAUUCAGAGGGGACCCCAGCAAGUUAGGCGAAUCCCGUAGUACCGCGGUGAAACGAUUCUACAAAAUCGAACAGAAGCUAGAACGCGAUCCUGAGCUCAAGGCAGCUUACGUCAAGUUUAUGCAGGAGUACGAAUCAUUGGGUCACAUAAUUGUCGUAAGUGAUACAACGAGCGGCACCUCGCCGGUGUAUUACAUCCCACAUCAUGCUGUAGUCACCCGAGUUAACGGGCAGAAUAAAUUUCGGGUAGUCUUCAACGCUUCUGCCAAGACGACUUCAGGAAAGUCUCUUAAUGACAUUUUGCGAGUCGGACCCACGAUUCAGCCAACGUUAUUUGUAAUCGUGCUGCGAUUCUGA